AUGACCAAGAUCAAGUUUGCUUGCACACCAUGCAUGGAUGCGAAAGUAAAGUGUGACAACUUCCAGCCAUGCUCUAGAUGCGUCAAGCACAACGUGCAAGGGCUUUGUGUCAGACUAAGAGGAGCCAAGCCCUCAUCCUCGAGGAGCUUGGUCGCUUGUGAUGCGGCUCGAUCGAGAGAGGAGGAGUGCGUGUACGAGGCUAUGGAGUUGAUCGUCAUAGACGACGGGAGGAAGGAUGAGGAGCAUUUAGACCUUGUGCUAGUGCAUGAGAGGAGGCAGACGGGAGAGCUGUGGGUGGAGAGACCGCUGGACUUCUGGAUCCGAAGCAUGUCGUUCGACAAGCCGUCAGCUUUGCGGGAGCAGAUGAACUCAAUGGGAUGGCCGGAUCGCGUGCUUGCAAGGCACUGGGAGUUCGGCUUCAGCUCGCAGGAGCUGAUGAACACCUUCCUCUGUCUUCCUCCCUACCUGCAGCAGGUGACGCGACGAGCGCUGCAUGCGGUAGAGAUCAUCGUGGCAGACAAGAUGGAGAGAAGUCGGGGAUGGCAAGACCAACUGCUGAUGGAAGGUGGCGAGACGGAGACGAAGCCAGACCUGGAGCUAGACCGAGCCUUCUACGACCAGCAGAGCUUCGGGGUGGUGAAGCAGCAUCUGCAUCCGUCGACGGGGCAGCGAGCGCACGUGUUUGUAUCCGAUGCCACGUCGAGGCUUGUAGGACUGCAUGAGGAGGAGCUGCUGGCGAGGAUAGCAAACAGAGAGCUGUCCUUGCUCUCAACUGAGUUCACCUACUUCUGUUACGUGAUGUUCGGCACCUGGUCCUUCGCAGCCAGACCGGGGCAGCCGAUGGCCUUGUUGAUGAGGCUUCGAAACUUCAGAGACGAGACGGGAACAGAGUGUGUGGUCGCGAGGUUGAUACAGCAGCAGGAGUUCGAUAGCUACGGGCGACCAAGAGCGAUAAGAACUUUCCUUGUCCCGGGGUCAAGUGAGAGUACCGAUCUAACAUCCCCUGCUUCCUGCGGGGCACUGCAGGUUGACAGGGAGGAGUACAAAUCAGCUCAGGUGCCGUCAGACAGGUCGACUUUGAGUAUCCAGAGGUUCUUGAACGCCGGACGGGACUACGAGACAUGGACCAACGACUUCGUGUCCGACCUGUACGCGGACGAGACGAUUUUGGGGAUGCAGAAGUCGAGGGAAGGCAUGCAGCGGCUGUACGCACUAGCGGAGGAUCUUGAGAGGAUGUACCAGCCGUUCCUUGAGCUCGCGGAGAGGAUACUGCAAGAGAAAACAUCAUUGCGGCAACACGACGGCCGGCGGGGCAUCAUGGGCCUAACUCAGCUAGUCCCGGCACUCCGAACCCAGCGGGGCCGCGGCUAA